GCGCGGAACUAUUUCUCCAGUGUGUGGCGCCCUCCGGCGGCAGCGAGGCGUCAGUGUGACAGCCAGUUCUGAGUUCCUGCCUGCCAUGGAGCCGCAGAAAAAGGCACGAACACGCAGGGACCCGGGCGAGCGGCCGCCAGCCGCCAAGUCUCAGACGCCUAAAGAGGAGGGGCGGCGGGAGAGUGGCGCAGCUCCUGCGGUGGCUGCUCUAGGCGAGGAGGUGGGCAGCGCCAGUAUGGACGGGCUCUGGGAGCUGCCAGUGGAGCCGUCUGAUCGGAGGCCCGAGUGCAGUCGCUGCAGCCGGCCUCAGAAAGUGUGUUUGUGUCCAUUUCUACCAGUGCAUCCUCUGCACAUCUCUACCCACUUGUACAUCAUUCAGCAUCCAGCAGAGGAAAGCAGAGUGUUGCGGACAGUUCCUCUACUGGCAGCAUGCCUCCCUCAGGACAAAUGUAGAGUCAAGAUUGGUCGUCGCUUCAGUGAAGAAAGAGAUCCUGAACUUUCAAUGGUUUGUCGGAAGUCUGGUACAUUAAUAUUAUAUCCAGGGGCUGAAGCUGCUAAUUUGGAAGAAUUUAUAUUAGACUCUCCUAUUUAUCCUUCCACAAUCAUCAUCAUCGAUGGUACAUGGAGCCAGGCUAAGGACAUUUUCUAUAAGAAUUCCUUGUUUCGACUGCCCAAACAGGUGCAGUUGAAAUCUAGCAUUUCCAGUCAGUAUGUAAUUCGGAUGCAACCAACUAAUAGAUGCCUGUCUACUCUGGAAUGUGCAGCUGUUGCUCUUUCCAUUUUGGAGAAAAAUAAUUACAUACAAGAGACUUUGCUUCGUCCUCUUCAAGCUUUAUGCUCUUUCCAGCUUCAGCAUGGUGCUCGAAUUCGCCUCAGCAAGGAACACCUUCUGAAAAAUGGAUUAUAUCCUAAAUCAAUGCCAAAGAACAAACGCAAACUCAGGAAAAUGGAACUGUUAAUGAGCAGUGUUAAAAUUUAGUACAAAGUUUCUUACAGUGCUACGUAUGGUGUCUUUGGCAGACAGUAUCAGAUUAAGUUCUCGUACAAUUUAAGUCUGUGGGAUUUUUUGAGUGUCUAAAGAAUGAGGAUUGCGUACUGAACUUGCCCAGAAGAACAAUGCAAAUCAAAUAGCCAUAAAAGCAAACAAAUAUAAAUUAUACUGACUCAGUGAAAAAGCAGUUUUAUACUGUAUUUAUUUUUUAAAUGUGCCUCUAUUAAUUUCUUCAAAUCCAUAAUUUGAGAUGUGAUUAGUUGUUGAGCUGGGUUAGAAGUUUUUAUUUUAAAGUAGAAGAAAAUUGUUGUGCCUGAUUAGAACAGUAAUGUUUUCAUAAAUAUUUUAUAGAUAAUUAAGUGUAGACCUAUAUUAGAGGAUACUUGCAUCAAUUUGCAAUGUUAUACACAAACUUUAUAGUUUGAAAUAAGUAACAAAAAUAAUAAGCAGUUUACAUUGAAUUUACUUAUUUCAUAAAACAGUACAACAGAAUAAAGAAAUUAAGUAUUCUUUGGAGACUAAACUUAAACUUAGCUAAUGUGAUUAAAUGUUCUGUUAAUGCCCCUAAUUUUUUUAUUAAGGUGUAAUUGGAAUAUAACAUUAUAUUAGUUUCAGGUGUACAACAUAUUGAUUUGAUAUUUGUAUAUUAUGAAAUGAUCACCACAAUACAUCUUGUUAACAUUUGUCACCAUA